AAAUGGCUCUUUCUUCAGCACUUAUUAAAAUUUUCAUUACUUUCCUCUUCCUACAAAACCAUGUCAAUUCACAAUAUUCAUCACCAUCAAAACCACAACCAAGUCUAGGAAGUACAAUUUCUUUCUCCAUAACAAAAUUCGAUGAUGAAAGUCCCAACAUAUUUGUCAAGGGAGAUGCCUCAAUCUCUAAUGGCGUUCUUAGCCUAACAAAAACCGACAAAUAUUCUGGUAAACCACUCCAAAAAAGUGUUGGACGCGCAACACAUCUCACUCCGAUUCACAUUUGGGAUGAAACCAGUGGAGAAUUGGCAGAUUUCUCCACUAGUUUCUCUUUUAUCGUGAACACAAACGGUUCAAGACUCCACGGAGAUGGAUUUACUUUCUUUCUUGGACCACUUCAUUUUGACUUGCCAAAAAAUUCAAGUGGAGGAUAUCUUGGCCUUUUCAAUCCGGAAACUGCACUUAUUCCAUCUCAAAAUCCAAUAGUAGCUAUUGAGUUUGAUAGUUUUACAAAUGGGUGGGAUCCAGCUUCACCAUCUCAAUAUCCUCACAUUGGAAUUGAUGUUGGUUCCAUUGAUUCGCGCGCAACUGUGAAUUGGCCUCUUGAUUUUGUGCAAACAAAUGCUUUAGGGGAAGCUAGUAUAAACUAUAACUCUGAAUCUAAAAGAUUAAGUGUGUUUGUGGCUUAUCCUGGUAGUGGUAAGAAUGCAACUGGUGUCUCUUUUGUUGUUGAUUUGAGGAGUGUUCUACCUGAAUGGGUUAGAGUUGGUUUCUCUGCUGCUACUGGAGAAUUGGUUGAAACACAUGAUAUCAUUAAUUGGUCUUUUGAAGCAGCCUUAUAAUAACUAGCAACUCUUGGGAAUUUGGGGAGUUCAAUAAUUACUUUCAAUAAAAGUAUGUUUCUUUGUUGUGAAUUUUUGAAAUAUCAAUGAUUUCAUGAUGCCAUGAUUUCCUUAUGUUUAUAUAAUGCAUUAGGCCUUAUUUAUAAGCAAAAAAGAGUAUAAUUUGGUGACCUAAAAUAUAAGUAAAAGUCACUAAAUUCAACUCUACUAUUUAUUUUUUCAAAGAGGCCCGUUGUUAUUUCUUCUAUUUUCUAAGAUUAAUGAAAAUUCAAUGUGAUAAUUGAUAAACUCAUUUCUUGUAGAAUUUUA